UGGUAUAAAAUACACCUACUUAAAAAUUAUAAAUAGUAUGUAAGUAUAACUUUCACUAGCUGUGCUGUUUCUUACCAUUUUCUCUUUCCUUUCAACAUGCACUAAAGAACAGUUAAAUUAGUUUCAUUUAGCUGCCCUAUUAACAGCGCAAUAUAGAAAAUUGCUGCUUUAAAAACAAGUGUUUCCCAUAAAAAUUAGACAAAUAAAUAAGUACAUAAACAUCCUUUUCCUUUUAGUCCCUGAAAAAUAUUCCAUUCAAUUGUUAAUUACUACACGGUAAAACAGAACUUUUGUUAAGCAGGUGCAUUAACAUUUGAAAAAUGUUUCAUAUAAUGCCAUUUAAAAACGUGGCAAAUAUUUAACUUAGAGCAAAGUAUUAUUUGUGCUUUAAGGCACAUAACUUGGAGCCUGGAGUUAUUUCUAUCCAAGACGAUCCAUUUACUGGAUGCGUUCAGGGCCACCCCUGCACCCUCAGGGAGCCCCAAGGGAAGCACAGAAGAGCUUCGGACUCGAGCUUCAGGCGGGUCUACCAAUAAAGUGAAAGUUGUGCACGGUUCUGGAGAGCCAGAUGCGGGCGGGCUACGGGGGACAGAGCCGGGCCAUGCGGGACAGACGCGGGGCUCAGGACGGCAGCACACGCCUGAGCUUGGCUACUGCAGAGAGCGACACCACCGCACCAAAACUCCCUCGCAGACCCGCUUCCUAAAGCCUCUGCUCCCAGCUGCUCCCAGCGCAAGCUGAGCACUGCCAAGCCAGCCCCAGGACUUUACCACCACCACCACCACCCUCCCCUUAUCCUCCCCUUAUGCUGCCCUUUCUCCUGCUCCUUUCCUUACCCCGGCCCGGCCGCUUCCGCCCCGGCUCCGCCCUUUCCUGCACCGCCCCGGCCCUUCUCGUCCUCCUCCUCGUCUCCGCUCCCAUUGAAGACACAACUAUGGCUGCUACAGUGAACUUGGAGCUGGAUCCCAUUUUUCUGAAAGCUCUGUGCUUUUCGCAUUCAAAGAGUAAGGAUGCUGAAAAGCUGAAAGCACUUCUUGAUGAGUUGUUGGCCAGAGGAAUUGACUUGAGCUAUCAUCCCUCUCAGAAAGAGAAUCUGUCUUUGGAAAAGGAGCACCUUUUCCUCAGAAAGGAAGUAGAGCAACCAAAAGUAUCCACCAAACCCAUUAAGCAAGAGCCUAAAACUUCAUCCAGUUUGCCUUCUGGCAACAACAAUGGCAAGCCCACUGCAUCAGAAAAGGUGAAAAAAGAAACAGAAAAGAGAUCUGCAGAUAGUACGAAAGGAGAUCCUGCUGAAGGAGCUGAUGCACCAAAGAAGCCCAGAGUAGAGAAGCAAGAGGCUCGUUCCUCUCUUACUGCAGUUCAGACGAGCAAGGAUUUAUCUAUGCCUGAUUUAUCUAGCUUUGAGGAAACCAGUGCUGAUGACUUUGCCAUGGAAAUGGGAUUAGCCUGUGUUGUUUGCAGGCAAAUGACAGUUACUUUUGUGAAUCAGCUAGUGGAGUGUCAGGAGUGCCAUAAUCUCUACCACCAGGAUUGCCAUAAACCUCAGGUGACAGACAAGGAAGUGAAUGAUCCUCGACUUGUCUGGUAUUGUGCCCGCUGUACCAGGCAGAUGAAGAGAAUGGCUCAGAAAACAAAAAAACCACCUCAAAAACCAGCUCCUGUGGUGGUUUCAGUUGCACCAGCUUUGCAAGAUCCAUUGGUCAAGAAACCAGAAAUGAAGUUAAAACCUGAGACCCCACCAGCUUUUCUGGCAUUCAAGAGAACAGAAGUCAAGACCUUAGCAGCACUUUCGGGGAACUCUGCCAGUGCAAGUGUUUCCUCUUCAGCAACGAGUGGCCUUACAGGAUGGGUUGCAUUUGCAGCCAAAACCUCCUCUGCCAACCCAUCAACUGCCAAACUGGUAUCGACAGUACAGAGUGCCGGCGGGAAACCUGCAGGUUCUUCAAAUAACCAGAAACCCGUGGGUUUAUCAGGCCUGGCAACUUCAAAAACAGGACUGGGGGCCAAAAUAGCUUCUGCCAACAACAGCACAAACCCCGUUCAGCUGAAGCCUCCCCCGCCGCCGACCCUGGGGAAGACGACACUGAGCCACUCGGUGAGCAGCGACAACUUGAGCAAGGCCGGGCUGCCCAGCCCCAGCAGCGCCGCCCCCAGCACCAGCAGCCAGGCCGGCGGCAGCAACGGCAGCGGUGGCUCUGUGGGGAGCAGUGCGGGCGGCGACGGCAAAGCCGUGGCUGACACCAGCAACCAGCCAGCAUCCGUGAAGGGCCCCACCUCACAGGAAUCCCAGCUCAGCGCCAUGAAAAGGCUACAAAUGGUCAAGAAGAAAGCUGCUCAAAAGAAACUCAAGAAGUAGUCUGGCUGCUUGCUGAUGUUGUCGGUUGCAUCCCGUGAGACAGCGGCAAUGGUGUUUUUCUUAAAGAAAAUCCCCCAGGUACUGGACUGAAAGAGGUUAAAUCGGAAGCCCAAACCCUAUGUUAUAGAGAAGGUCAAACUUUAAUAAUUCUUGUUAUAAAUGCCAAUACGAUAUUCCAACUAAAAUAAUAAUUUGAUUUAUUAAUAAAGAUCGAAUUACAGAAUUUCGAUAAACCCA